AUGGCUUGGAUUGGAUUUGGUUACAACAAGACAUCUAUACAGUACAUGGCAACGGAUUAUGCCGAGUCACUUGGUAAAGGCAGAAAAGUCUCUGAGUGCUCUCAUAUUUCUAUUAUAUUGACAGAUUGGGACAAACAACUCAACAUUAUUUUAUUUGUGUUGCCACCCCACUCCAGUCAUUUCACCCAAACUCUAGACGUUGCAAUUUCUGGACCCUUUAAGAAAAUGUAUUCCCAAGAAUGUCAGAAAUACAUGAAACUAAAUCCUGGAAUUAACAUUACAAAGUACAGUAUUGCUGAACUCACAUCAAAGCCAUAUCUAAAAGCAUUGACACCAGAGAAUCUUAUAUCUGCUUUCAGACGUACAGGUAUAUUCCCAUUCAACAACUUUGUAAUAAGCGAUUCACAAGUGGCUCCUUCAACAAUUUAUACAGAUUAG